GGUCCAGUCCCAAAAUGAGGUGGCAGUGGGCGUUGGCGGUGCUGAUGGCCUGCUGCUGUGUGAUCCGGGCCGGGGGCAGCCUCUACGAGUUCCAGAAAAUGAUCAAACAAGCCACCGGGAGAGGGGCCUUCCCCCAUUACUUCGCCUACGGCUGCCACUGUGGUUGGGGAGGCCGAGGCCAGCCCGUAGACGCCACGGACAGGUGCUGCCACAAACAUGACUGUUGUUACUGGAGGUUGGGGGUUCACCACCAGUGUUCCGCAAAAUUUAACAAGUACAACUACAGCUUUGUGGAGGGGAAGUUCCACUGUGGUCUGGGAAACUGGUGUGAAACCCAGAUCUGCCGGUGUGACAGGGAUGCCUCCCUCUGUUUCCGUCGCCACUUGGACUCCUACAGCGGGCGAUACCGCUUCCACUGGAAGCCUGGCUGCCGGGGCGACACGCCAUCCUGCCUCGGCCCCAGAAAGUCCGUGCGGCACUGA